ACGCGCAGAUCGAAAUCUAUAGAAGGCAUCGGUGUAUGUUGAAGAAUUCAGUUUGCACUUGAACAUCCCUUGACAAAUGUCGCCAAAUCCUGUAGAAAAAGCGGCUAUUCUACGUAUCAUUGACUCAAUUGACGCUCGUGACGACGACUAUUGUGCUCAUGAAUUCAACGUGUACAGAUGGCUGGUCGCCUACGGAAAUGAGGAGGAGGAGGCAGCCAAGGCUCUGAAACGUCAUCUAAAUAUUCGCAAAACCAUCGACCUAAACUCCUAUUCCAGUAAAACUGAACUGGAAGAAGAUGAGCUGAACAAAUACGUCCCAAUUGAUGUAAUUGGGCAGAACCAUCAAGAUGAUAAUAAGGUGUUAAUGUUUGAAAGAACUGGAAAAAUCGAUAUAAGUGGUCUAGUGGACAACGUUUUGAUGCACAAAUUCAUGCAAAUCAAGCUGAAGAUGAUGGAGGGUGUCCAUCAAAAAGUGGUGGCCGCCGAAAGAAAGACGGGACGUCAAAGUGGUGGUCUUUUUAUUAUGGACUUGGAUGGAAUUUCGUUCAGCCCGAAGCUUAUUUCAGUGUUGACAGGGCCCUAUCGUAUCAUGUGGGGAACACUAUUCGACCAUUACCCACAGCUUCUUCAAAAAAUUAUAAUCGUCAAUGCUCCGUCAUUUGUGAAUGUGCUCCAUCAAGCCUGCUCUCCAUUUCUACCAGAAGACUAUAAGGAGAAAAUUGUGAUUACAUCUGAGCCAGCGAUCGGUGCGAUUCAAAAGCACGCUGAUAAAUGUUUCCUUCCUUCUGAUCUAGGAGGAGAUCUUGAAAAAACCACUUCCCUCCCGAUGGCACCCUUUCCCAAAAUGAAUAAAAAAUAUGAGAAGGAAAAAGAAAAAGUGAGCCUAUUGGCGAUUAGUGUUCCAGCUGGGAAGUAUACAGUUCAAAAGUUUUCAUGGAAAAAGGGAGAUGAGGUCGAGUUCUUUUUGCACAAUGAGAGCUCUUUCCAUUAUUUUAUGUUCCAUUCGGAGGAAGAUACGAAAGACAUGGACCUUUGGCGGGAAAUGACCGUUGGAUGCGAACGCCCCGCGUUGUCUCAAAUUGAUUCUUGGAAGUAUACAGUGCCAAUUGACGGCUUCUACUUCAUUCGCUACGGCAACCACAAUUCCUGGUAUUUCUCUACAACAGUCAAUGUGAAUCACUUUAUUUCCAACGAAAAUGGCGAGAGAAUCGAGUUGGUUCCAAUAGAGACAUUUAAUAUUUAAGUAGAAAUCAGGAAUCACAGACUUUCGAGAAAAAAUAAUUUAAUUGAAUUUUUUAUUGAUCCUUCUUCGUUUCCACAGUUUCCACAGUGGCUUCAGUUGUGUUUGCGCAGCAUGGUGCGUCUGAAUUUUUUUUUUUUUUAAUUUUAUUUAUAAGUUUUUAAAUUCAAAUAAAUACCUUUUUU